GUCUAGCAACACUUCCGGUUUUGCGAUCGUGCACGUGUGUACAGGAUUCUCUGGGCUGUCACCGCAGCUAUGGGGAAAAACGUAAUGAAAGGGAAAAAGGCGCCGGCAGGGACCGGAGGGCGAGUCAGUAAAGCCCGCAGCGAAGUCCGGAAUAACCCCUUCGAAGUGAAGAUCAAUAAGCAGAAGUUCACCGUGCUGGGCAGGAAGACCAAACAUGAUGUGGGGCUGCCCGGGGUGUCCAAGUCCAAGGCUAUCAAGAAGCGUAAGGAUACUCUUCUUACCGAAUACAAGCAAAGAGGAAAGUCCAGUAUGUUCAGGGACAAGCGGUUUGGAGAAUAUGACACCAAAUUGACUCCUGAGGAGAAGAUGAUGAAGAGAUUUGCCUUGGAGCGACAGAGACAUUCUGUUAAGAAGACUGUGUAUAAUCUGAAUGAGGAGGAAGAACUCACUCACUUUGGGCAGUCUCUGGCUGCUCUCGAACAGUUGAAUGACGGCGUAGACAGCGAAAGUGAUACAGAAGAACGUGGAGCUUUGUCAGCUGAAUUAACGGCUGCACAUUUUGGGGGCGGUGGAUUACUGAAAAAAAAAGCAGCUUCUGAACAAAAAGAGGAGGAACCUGAAAAGCCAAAAUCACGGAAAGAGCUUAUCGAGGAGCUGAUUGCUAAAUCUAAGAUAGAGAAGAGAGAACGACAGAGCCAAAGAGAGAAAGCGAUGGAGCUGACAGAAAAACUGGACAAUGACUGGAAGGCGAUACAGGGAUUGUUAUCUCACAAGGCUCCUAAAUCCGAAAGGAAGGAAGAGCCUGAGAAGCCAAAGCCUGAUGAUUAUGACAUGACGGUCCGUCAACUUGUCUUUGACAUGAAAGCUAAGCCCUCCGACAAAAUGAAGUCUGAAGAGGAGAUUGCUAAAGAAGAAAAGGAGAGACUUCAGAAACUAGAGGCUGAACGUCUCCGCCGCAUGCGAGGAGAGGAUGAAAAAACUAAAAAGAAGCCCAAGCACAUAUCUGCAGAUGAUCUGAUGGAUGGGUUUAUACUGGACAAGGACGAUCGACUAAUGCUUUCCUAUAAGGACGGAAAAAUAAACCUUCCUGACUCAGAAGAUAAUGAGUUAAAGACUGGAAAAGAUAGUAAUGAUGCUGUGGUCAAUGAGGACAGUGAUGGUGCAGAUGAAGAAAACGAUGCGGACGAUGACGAAGGUGAAGAAGAUGAGGAUGAUGAAGGAAGUGAUGAGGAAGAAGAGGAAAGUAAUGCAUCUGAUAACCACUCAGACCUGGACUCUAAUGGAGACAGUGAGGAAGAUGAAGAAGUACAAGUUAAAAUAACAACAAAAGACAAAAAGAUCAAAGAGAAGACUGCCAAGGAGGCCAGCGCUCAGCUUCCAUUCACAUUUGAUGUCCCUGAGUCGUAUGAAGAUUUGCAGUCCCUUCUGGGUGAGAAGCCUACGGGUCAGCAGGUCACCAUCCUGGAGAGAAUUCAGAAGUGUAAUCAUCCAAGUCUGGCACAAGGGAACAAGGCAAAGCUGGAGAAACUAUUUGGUUUUCUUCUGGAUUAUAUCAUGGAUCUGGUUGAGCAGGAAACCCCUGAUCUUCAGACUGUCGACAAGAUGAUCAUACCUCUGUACAACUUGUGCCAAAUGUUUCCUGAAGCAGCAGCUGAUUGUGUAAGGGACGCCUUACGGGAUAUCUCUCGCAACCUCGAUGAAGUGAUUGAAUCUAAAGGCAGAGCUCCCUUCCCAGCAUUAUAUGUUCUCUUAUACUUUAAGAUUACAGCUAUGUUAUUCCCUACGUCCGAUUUUUGGCAUCCGGUGGUUACUCCAGCCUUCGCCGUGAUGAGCCAGUUACUAACAAAGUGUCCCGUAACUUCUUUAGAAGACGUUGCUGCUGGGCUUUUUAUUGGUUGCAUGUUUCUGGAGUAUGUGUCGCUGUCUAAGAAGUUUGUGCCGGAGCUUAUCAAUUUCCUUCUGGGAAUUCUUCACUUGGCCACGCGACGCAAAGCUGCUGUCGACUAUGUUGUGAUUCCUCCAUUUAAGCUCCAUGGAAAGUCCUCGGAGCUAUUAUUAGUAGAUAGUACAGAGGAUGCUGCAUCCUGGGUGAAGAGGAACCUGCCGCUGACAGCAGUCAAUGGUCUGGAGACGGAGGACAAAACGGAGAUCAAUCACUUUAAGUUAACAUGCCUAUCGGUAUGUUUGGACCUGGUAAAAAGAUGUUUGGACAACUAUGGCACUUUACCUGCAUUUCGAGAGGUUUUUGGCCCAAUUGAGAAGAUUAUCCGUGAGCAUCUGCCCCGAAACACAUACCCUGAGAAAAUACAGGAUCUGUGUAAGAAUAUUCUAGAAGAUAUCGAGAAGCACAGCAAGAAGCCUUAUAGUCCUCUUGUCUUUGAAAAACAGAUGCCAGUGCCAAUGAAAAUGUUUACUCCCAAAGUCAUGCCCGUGCUGGAGUUCGGCAAGAAACAGGGAUGUAACAAGGUGGAGCGUGAGCGCAAGAAACUCGUCCACAAGCACAAGAGGGAGUUUAAGGGUGCUGUUCGAGAAAUCCGCAGAGACAAUCAGUUCCUUGCCAGAGAGAAACUUUCAGAGACUAUGCAGAGGGAUUCUGAGAGGAAGAGGAAGGUAAAAGAACUGUUCAACAGUUUGUCGACACAGGAGGGUGAAUGGAAAGCCUUAAAGAGGAGGAAAAUGAAGGGGAAGUAACAUGGACUUUGUAUAGUGGAGCCUUUGGAGACUGGAGCUGUGAAGCACAAGCUUCUCAUAGACUGUAUUAUCUGCUGUCUGUCUCUGACAGGGACAGAUUGGUCCUUCUUUUCCAUUUUCUGGAAACAAUCUGUACAGUGACCUUCGUAGUUUUUUUUUCUAAAAUAAGACAUCGGUUGCUGAGAUGCAAAGUAAAAAAACAAAAAACUACAUUUUAUCCAGGAGGCGUUGGCAGGAGUGUGUAGUGAAAGUAAUGUUUUUUUACUUUAUAUGUGGAAUAUAUUGUAAUAACUGAAAAGAUUGAAUACAGAAUAUCAAGUUUUA